GUUGCAACUUUGCGUUCAGUGCCUGGUCGUGGUGGAUUAGAAUAUAAUGGCACAGACUUGUCAAAACGUUACCAUCUCCUUAACACUGCCAAUGUCUUGCCAGAUUUGCCUCGGAAAGGUUCGACAGCCGGUGAUCUGCUGUAACCACCAUGUCUUUUGCUCCCUGUGCAUGGAAGUGUGGCUGAGCAAGUCAAGUCAGUGCCCUACCUGUAGAGUUCCCAUCACCCCGGAUAACCCCUGCAAAGAGAUCAUAGGGGCGACGAAUGAGGGUGACGAUCCCCAAAGCCCGAGUCUGAAGAGGCGCUUGAGGAAGACCAGGGGAGAGUUGCUGCUCAAGGAGUAUGAGGAUGAAAUCGAGAGGCUGGAGCAGGAAAACGAGGAGCUGCGAAACAGAAACCGGGCGGCUGAGACGCAACUCGAAACGCUGCUGGAGCCCGGCGCGGCCGUAUCGGUGUCGCGCACCCAGGAGGAGGAGGAAGAGGAUGACGAUGGGGAACAGCGGAGGGGACUUGACCCCAGCCAGAUGCAAGAGUGGGCAGCCAAACUGAGGGCCGCCACUGACCUCUACGACAAGGUCAAGCAGGACCUGGAGAAGCUCAGAGAGGCAAACAAAACCUUGCGAGCCCAGAACGUGGACCUUGUCCAGGAGAAUAUGCGCUUGAAGGCCGAGGUGGAGAACCGUUCUCCUCGAAAGUACGGCCGGUACACAGUGGCAGCCAUGGAGGCGAAGCUGCAACAGCACGAGCGAGACGUGGCCCACCUGAAGAGGGCUCUGGAGCGGAGCGACCAGUACAUCGAGGAGCUGACGGCCCAGAGGGACAGCCUGCAGGCCAACCCUGGCACAAACGCUGCCACCGGGCGAGGAGAUUCACGCUUGGCCAAUCCCAGUGCCAAAGCUGCCACUGGGUCCACAGAGAGUGCCCACUCUGAUGGUAGGGAGGAGAGCACGGCAGGUUGCGCGGCGGAGAGCUUCCUGCCUGGUGAUGCUAGGGAGAGCACUCCGGGUGGCACGCCGGUUAUGGGAGAUCGCAUCGCCACCAUGAGAAGGAGCCUGAGCGAGAUGGAGGAGGCCAGCGUGCGCACCGACCUGGUGGAUGGGAUGCCGUCGGGUUUCCAUAGCAACCAAGGCCUCCUGUUGACCACCUCUGAGAGGCUUCUGGACAAUGACUCCACCACCACUCCUCAUAAGCUGAGUGGAGAGGUGGGAGCUGCCAGCGUUUUUAUGUCCUCCAUUGGCUUGUCUAGCCCGACCACACCCUCCACGGCUAUUCGCAGCCUCAGUCUGAGAAGCCCAUUGGUGCAGAGCGAGGGGAGGGUGGGCCGCGGGUGUGGUCAAGGUCAAGGUCAAGGUCGUGGGCCUCUCUCGUACCUGCGUAGGUUGAGUUUCGAUGGCUGCGGUCCAAGUGCAACUCCCACAUCCUCCGAGCAACAAAAACCAUCCUCCAAAAACAACUCGCGAGAAAUGCCAUGGUUGACUGCCCUGUGUUUUAAGGGAACGACCAGCACGAACACCAGCACCAGCACCACCACUGCUGCAGAUUCUCCAGACGUCGGCCGUUGUAUUGGAGAUCCACAAGCAAGUGGCUCCAGCGAAGCCUACAUGGACGCAGCUUACCAGGAGAAGAUGAGCGAGUUGGACUCUUUGAUUUCUGAUGGUGAAGGACCAAGUGGCUCGAGUUCUAUUAGCACCAGAGAUUGCGAGCCGGGCACGUCAGAGCAAACUGACACCCCUGGAAGUCAAGGCAGCUCAGUGCUGGGGUUUGAGGAUGGACAGGAUGAGGGCAAACCGAGAAAGAUCUCUGCUGGGAUGAGAUCGUCGUCUUUAUCUUCAUCAUCAUCGUCGUCGCUAUCGUCUUUGUCAUCCUCAGCCUCGUCUUCGUCAUUGCUGGCAGCCCAGGUGGUUGUCCAGGUGACCAAACGUGGUCGUCCAAGUGGCCCACUGACCUCCAGUCCCUCAAAACUGUCCAGGCGUACCUGAGUGUCUUUCCUCUUUUGAUAGUCAUUUAUGCGGAAUGGUCAGCUGAUGAGAAAUCCAUAAUCAACUGUUUUUUUUUUAAAGAUUUUAAAAUUAUACCCACUAAGAAUGACUGUCAUCAUCAUUGUUGUUAUUGUCUUCCUUUUUGUCAGUGAUGGCUAUCUAUAUGACCAUAUGUGGUGUCCCUUGUUCCCCACUGAUCUUCAGUCCAAUCUAACCAACUAUUUUGAUUUACUCUUGUGGUGACUGUUGAAUGACUGUGUUCAAAAAGACACUGGUUUAAAACAUUUGAGUGUCAUGGCCAGUAACGGCAUCGUAUUUGAGGUCUGGCCUGAGCCUGUCUGCCCUCAAAGUAUUUUUCUUAGCAUAGAAAGAUAUUUUCAGAUAUAGGAUGGUCAAGUGAGGAUCAGGAUUUCUACAUUUCUUCGACUUACGUGAAAUGCCCAAUGGAUGUGUUAAGUCGAAAUGCCAAGUGUAUGAAGACCAUUUUCACACAUUAUUUGAGUAUUGAUAUCCAUUGUAUGCAAUGUUUUUGAUAUUUUAUGUCUAAAUAGCUUUUUUGUAGAACUUGCAGAUGUUUUGUACUCAGUCUUUGACAACUCAUUUUUAUAUAAAAAAAUAAUAAAAGAAUUUAAUACUAAA